CAUCGUUGUACUGGUGGUGGGGGAAACACGGAAGUAGUUCUGAACUUGUCAACAAAAAAAGUCCCGACUGACUGGGUGACGUCUUCCUGAACAAACAACCCAUCCAAAAUGUCACUUUUCUGACAAUCUAUUUACCCAUUAUAUACGUGUUUUAGAGGCAUUACCGCAAUGAUGCACAUCUACACCCUCCUUUUUUGCAUAGCUGCAUGCAGUAGGUUACGCUGUGCUCUUUGUUUUGACCACUGUGGACAUUCCCCUCAAAUACUGGACAGCAAAGUGGGAGAAAUAAGGAGUUCUACAUACCACACCUGGUCCUACCACUUUGGUGCCACAAAUGACUGCUGGACCAUUAAGGGUUUGGUGGGAGAGCCUGUAGUGGUCAGCUUUUCCCAGUUUUCGACUCGGUGCAGGAAGGAGUGGUUGUCCAUCAAAUCAUCUGCUGACGGUGAGCCGCUCGUUCUUUGCGGCACCAAAUUGCCGCAACCUGUGGAAUUCCCAGGGGGAAACAUCACAGUGGUGCACCACUUCCUACCGCAUUUGUACCCUGUGUCGUCCUUUCGGUUGAAUUUUGCCAGAGAUGACUCUGGCGAAUGCCCGUUAACAUCAUUUGAAUGUCUUGGAGGUCGCUGCCUUCCCCUCUCGUGGCGUUGCAACGGCCAGGUGGAGUGUCUCAGCGAAGGCGACGGCUUCGGCUCAGACGAGGAGGGCUGCAGCGUGGAGGGUAACACUGCCAGCAGCACACAGGCCGAAGAAGGCAUGGCAGAGAGGAACAGUGUGAGCGUCUCUGAGCAGCAAAAUCCUGCUGAUAAAACUCAGAACCCAGACGGGGCAGAUGAGCUGUUGUCCCUGCUGAAGGACAGAGUCAGAGAUGAUGAGGCUGAUGAAGAUCUGGAAAAGCCCCUCGCCCGCAAGGAACCGCUUGUGACCCCCGCUCCUAUCGAGUGGCCCUGUGGAGGACUUCUCCAGACUUUCUAUGGGACCUUCUCUCCUCCAGCUCUUCGUGGCCCACCUUUGCUCUGCAUCUGGACUCUGGAUCCAGAUGACUCCCGGCCCCUUAGGCUGGACCUUCAGCAGCUGGUACUGGGGCCUGGGGACACGCUCACAGUUCACAACAGACCGCAGGGCAGAGGGGAUGUGAUCAAAAUUAUCACAAGCGCAUCCAAUUACAAAUCUAUCCAAGUGGAGUCCCACACCGGCCUCUUGUCGCUCACCUACCAGACGCUCCCCGGCUCGGAGGGAAGCGGUUUCAACGCCACAUUCCAUGUCGGGAGCUACUGCCCUCCCUGGGAGGGUCGAUGCGGCGGACCCUCAGGAGGCUGCUUCACCCAGGAGCAACGCUGCGACGGGAAGUGGGAUUGCCCUGAGACCGGGAAGGAUGAGGAGGGCUGCCGAGGCUGCAGUCGCAAUCAGUUUGCCUGCGGUGUCGCCGGGCAGAGGAUGGUGGCGGCAUCCAGCCACUUUGCCGGCCGUCCGGUGUGUUACCCGGUGAGCGAGCGCUGCAACUACCAGCUGUAUUGUGCCGACGGCAGCGAUGAGAGGGACUGUACCGUGUGCCAGCCCGGAACCUUCCAUUGUGACAGUGACAGGUGUGUGUUUGAGAGCUGGCGCUGCGAUGGCCAGGUGGAUUGCAAGGACGGCACCGACGAGCUUAACUGCACAGUGGUCCUGCCACGCAAGGUCAUCACCGCGGCGACGGUGGGCAGCCUGGUAUGUGGGCUCCUGUUGGUCAUCGCCAUGGGAUGCACCUGUAAGCUGUACUCGCUCAGGACCAGGGAGUACAGCCUGUUUGCACCAAUCAGCCGACACGAAGCGGAGCUGAUUCAGCAGCAGGCCCCUCCCUCCUAUGGUCAGCUGAUUGCACAAGGGAUCAUCCCUCCAGUGGAGGACUUCCCCACAGAAAACCCCAAUGAGUCUUCAUCCUUGUCUCUGAGGGGACUUCUUCAGCUCCUUCGCCAGGAUGCAGUCAGCUCCCCACACCGGAGACGCAGGCCCCGAUUUGUCCGCCGUGCCGUCCGACGCAUGAGAAGGUGGGGUCUCAUCCCUAGAUCGCCCUACAGACCUGCUCAGGCAACAAGCUCCAACCAGCAGCAGCCUGACGUCGCUCCUCUGGGUCAGGAACUAACUCGCUCCACCCCCACCAACUCCUCUUCGGCUGUGGAGGCCGUCAACCAGCCUGUGCCUCAGAAAGUCAGCCUGUUGACUCAGUCUGAGCGGCAGCGUGAUGUGUCAUCUCAAGUGAUGUCCCCAGCGCCACCGCUGCCGUCGUCGCCCUCUGCUUCCUCGCCUCCACCUCCCUAUGCCCCCCCAGCUCCACCUGUGGAGGAGCCCCUGAUGCCUCCAGUGGGCAUCCCUCCCAGCAGUCCCUCUCUGGCUUCCAUCUUCCAAACGCUGGGCCUGAGCCUGUCCUUGUUCAGGGCAUCGCCCUCGUCGUCGUCAAACAACUAUGUGCCCCUUUCCUCCUCCCCUUAUUUCUCCUCCUCCUCCUCGUCUUCCUCCGACGACGACGUGCUGCUCAUCCCGCUGUCAGAGGACACCACCUCAGAGGACGACGUGCCCAUGCUCACUUGAAUCACCCAGUGACUAGUGCCUUAAUACUUUACUAUGUAUGUAGAUGUAUAUAUUUUGCUUUGGAUUAUAAAAUCAAGUAUUUUGCCAUUUGAAAGAGCAAGUUAGAGGACAUGUGUCAUGUCGGCGUGCACUUAAUCAAAGCUAGGCAGCACGUCAAUGUGAUCUUUUUGCACAGAAGAAUCUUCCCUAUCUAUAUUUUGACAUUUGUGUGAGAGCGUUAGACAGUGGAGUAUGUAUCGUAGAUCCUCUCCUCAUACUCCUGCCAAUAUAGUCUAUUUUAGAACACAGGUAUUCCCUUAUUUAAGUGCCUUUUUGAGGAGCUGUCUGCAGAUGGUCCAUGAGUUACACGCUGCACAUUUAAAAACCCUGCACACUGAAGGCUCUAGUUAGUAGAACUUGACUGGCAAUAACCUUUUAGUGCUCAUCCCUUCUUUAAGUGAAUGUAUGGAAAUGUGUCCAAAGAGUCUGUUUGGUGCCUGUUUUUAGCAUAUAUACAGUGUGUUUUGAGUGUGUGUGUGUGUGCGCAUGCGUGCACCCCCCUAGCUUGAAUUUACAAAACUUGAAUCCUCAACCCCUGAGGGGAAUCAACUCUGUCACAUUUUGACACUUGUGGUGUGCCAUACGUAUUAAUAUUAUUCCACAUUUGUUUUUAUUUUUGCAGGUGUCCCCUUUUUAAAAAUGGUUGCUUUUGUUGAAUUGUCGAUGAAAGAGUCGAUGCAAAGUUGCUUGAAAGUUUUUAACUGCGAUGUAAUGAGUUCAGUCAGAGAAAGUGAUUUUUUUUGGAGGGGGGGUGUAUGUGGGUCAAUUUCACUGUAUAUAAGUCAAAAAUGUGGCUGCGAUUAAACAAUUUGCACUUUU